UUGCAUCGCAAGAGCACUAAGUUUGAAAUUCGAAAACCAAAUCGUCUCUCUCUCGCUCGAUGCGUGUUGCCUGUUCGGAUUCUGGAUCUCUGUUGAAUUGCUUUCUGGGGACUUGUUUUAGUUUGGUAUUUGUUCGUUUGGCUUAGGUUUUAGGGUUCUGUGAUUUUGAUAACUCGGGGUUUUGUUGAUUCCUGAAGAUUUGGGGGAUUUUAGGGUUGAUGGGUUCCACAAUGGAGGAUGAAAAAGAUGCGUUUUACAUUGUGCGUAAGGGAGACAUUAUUGGUGUCUAUCGAAGCUUGAGCGAAUGCCAAGGGCAAGCUGGUUCAUCUGUAUCACAUCCUGCAAUGAGUGUGUACAAAGGAUAUGGUUGGCCAAAAGGAGCAGAGGACUUGUUAUCUUCGUUUGGGAUUAAGAACGCUCUUUUUUCUGUCAAUGCAAGUCAUGUCAAAGAUGAUGCUUUUGGGAAACUCAUUCCUUGUCCUGUUCAGCAACCGUCUUCUUCCCAAGGAGAGUCUCUCAACAAAUCUUCCCCGUCUAAGAGAUUGCAAGAUAUGGGAAGUGGUGAAUCGGGUUCAUUUUCCCCUAGUCCUCCGCAGAAGCAGCUUAAGAUCGAAAAUGACAUGCUUCGUCGGAUUCCUUCCAGUCUCCUAACUCGGACACCUAUACGUCAAAAUGAUUCAUGUACCAUUGAGUUUGAUGGUGCUUCUAAAGGAAACCCAGGGAAGGCUGGUGCAGGAGCUGUUCUCCGUGCUUCAGAUAAUAGUGUCCUCUUCUAUUUACGGGAAGGUGUUGGCAAUGCCACAAACAAUGUUGCAGAGUAUCGAGCUCUGCUUCUUGGUUUGAGGUCUGCUCUUGACAAAGGGUUUAAAAAUGUGCACGUCUUAGGCGACUCAAUGCUUGUCUGUAUGCAGGUUCAAGGUGCAUGGAAAACCAAUCACCCAAAAAUGGCUGAGCUGUGCAAACAGGCUAAGGAGCUCAUGAACAGUUUUAAAACAUUCGAUAUCAAACACAUUGCCAGGGAAAAAAAUUCAGAAGCUGAUAAACAAGCUAACAGUGCGAUUUUUCUGGCAGAUGGUCAAACGCAAGUGAUUUCAGGCGGCUAGAAGAGAUUAGUUUAGUGUAUUCCUGUUUUUGUGUUUCCGGGAUCGUGUCUUUAACAUGCUGUGUCUUGGCAUAAACAUGAACAUGACGAUGUUCUCUUCUCUCUUUUAUUCUGUCCCCAUGACUGUUGAGAUUUCCAGUCACUUGUUCUCUAAGUUAAAAUUUCUGAGAAUACGUUUAUUACUAUUUCUAAGAAUAUGCUAUGUGUUGACCAUAAACAUGAACAUGGUAGAACAUGUUCUGACUUCUCUUUUGCUCUGUCCCCAGUCUGUUAAAACUUCAGUCACUUGUUCUCUAAGUUAAAAAUUC